AUGAGCAGGACGGCUGGCAUCCCCGAUGCGUGGGAUGAUGACUGGGAGGAGCAAAUUGAUGUACGGCAUUCGCAUAUAGAGGAGCCUAUUCCUAAAUGGCAGCAAGAUGUGAAACCUUUGCUAAUACAAGAAUGCUCGCAGAAUACAAACACCGAACCUCCCACCCUUCCACCGGCUCCUCAGCAAGAGCCGGAAAAGAAGAUAUCGUCGAGAGCUAAAAAGGCUCAACUACGUGCACAGCAUGCGGAAUUCAACAGGCAGCUAUGGGCAGAGGCCGAAGCAGAAGCAGAAUCCACCCAAAUGUCGCACUACCUCGAAACCCGCUCCACGAUCCCCCUAAAAUCAGAAUACAAGCCCGCCGUCAAGGUCUUGAGCCGUAACCCUCAAGAUUCCAGCGGCCUGGGCGCCACAACGGCAGGGUUGCACAGAAUCACAAUCUCACCUCGACCCACCGGCAGCAGCAACAAUAACGAUGAAAACAGCUCUGACGAAGAAGCCAAAAAGCAAAAGCAGCUAACUCCAGAAGAACGUCUCGCCAUCGCCCAACGCGAACGGGAAGAGAAGCAGCGCAAAUACGAAGAAGUUCGUGAACGCCUAUUUGGAAGCUCAAACACAGGAUCUGGCGCGUCGUCUCCGGGAAACACUACGCCGCCGCGACAUCAACAGCAAGGUGGAGAACACAAGUGGAAGGGCAAAGCCCGAUCGAAUGGAAAUAGUAGAGAUCGCGGAGAAAAGAGGGAACCGUCUUCUAGGGCAGUAAAGGGGAAACAGCUCUACGAUCCAAAUUAUGUCGCUAAGCCUAAUGCGAAUCCGGGGAAGAAGAAGGAACAACGAUCGCAUAAUGUGGCAGAGGAGUCAAGGCCACCUCAGGCUCCAAUUCGAUCGCCCAGAGGUCCUGACGGAAGUGGGCCGGGCGGUUUCGGCUUUGCCGAGCGAGGUGGUGGAACCGCGCCGCGUUGA